UGAAGCGGCUAGGUCCCCUGGCUAUAACCCGCACAAUAGGGUUUUUAACGCAGCGCAGGAGGGAAAGGUCAGGGACUACCUGAAGAGGGCAGCAGCCAUUUAUUUUGGGCUCACCCCUAAUGAGGUCAGUGUUGUGAAAAGGGCUACAUAAGUUUUAGGACAGGCACACAUGUAUGCUAUGCACAUGCUUUAAUUAAUAAAUAUGAAUAAAUAACAUAAACAUAAACACACAAAUGUACAUCAACUUUUUAUGACCCCUUCAGGUCAGAAAAUUUGCCUUUGAGAUGGCAGUGCACUUCAGCUGCCCAUUCCCUGCAUCCUGGUCGAGGAAGAGCAUGGCGGGGAAGGACUGGUUCACCUCCUUCAUGGAGCGCAGUGGCAGCCUCUCCCUUCGGCGUCCAGAGGCCACUAGCCAACAACGGUUGUCAAAUUUCAACCAAAGAAAUGUGAACUUGUUCCACCAAAAUUUAAAGACGGUGCUGGACCGGCACCAGUUCCAGGCCAAGGACAUUUGGAACAUUGAUGAAACCGGGGUCACCACUGUCCAGGUGCCAGACCGUGUCGUCGCCCAGAUGGGGCAGAAGCAGGUCGGGUCAGUGACCUCAGCGGAGAGGGGGACCCUGGUCACAGUUGCCCUGGCAGGAAAUGCGCAAGGUGACCUUGUUCCGCCAUUCUUCAUCUUCCCCCGUAAGCGGUUCAAAGACCACUUCCUGAGGGGUGGACCCGUUGGCUAUGCUGGCACCGCCAACCCAACUGGAUGGAUGAAGGAGCCAGACUUCCUCCUGUACCUGGCCCACUUCACCAGUCACACCCGUGUGUCCAAGGAGUCGAAGCUGCUCCUCCUGCUGGACAAUCACCCGUCCCACCUGUCAAUUGCAGCAAUUGAUUACUGCAGAGCCAAUGGCAUAGUGCUGCUAUCAUUCCCUCCCCACUGCACCCACAGGUUGCAGCCAAUGGACAUUAGUGUCUUCGGCCCCCUAAAGGGGUACGUAAACAGUGCGGCGGACAGGUGGAUGAGGAGCCACCCAGGGAUAAACAUCUCAAUUUAUGAUGUGCCCUCCAUCGUUGCUGAAGCCUUACCAAAGGCUGCAACAGUGAACAACAUUACCUCCGGGUUCUCAAGUCCAGGGGUCUGGCCUUUUAACCCCUCUGCAUUUGAGGAAAAGGACUUCGCCGGAGCCUAUUCAACAGACCGUCCUCCUCCCCAGGCUUCGGGUGACGAGGUCAGCGCUUCUCCAGGUGCCACUUCAGGCAUGGAUGUACCUGAUCGAGCUGCCGGGCCUGAAGAAGCUGCCGGGCCUGAUCGAGCUGCCGGGCCUAACGAAGCUGCCGGGCCUGACGAAGCUGCCGGGCCUGACGAAGCUGUCCGGCCUGAGGGAGAGGCCGCUGAAUUCAGCCCGGACAUCGUCCGGCCUUACCCUAAGGCCGGACCUAGAAAGAUCACAAAGAGAAGAGGGAGAAAGAGGCAAGUGGAGUUACUCUUGACAACUGCUAUACUUACGGACACCCCGGUGAGGUCUGAUUUAGAGGCGGAAAAGCAGGGAACUGUGAAGCAGCGUUGUCCCGCCAAGCAGCCUCCCUCCUCUCGGGCUCCCAAGAAGAGGCUGUUCUCGCCCGCUCCUGAUGCCGCCCCCCUUGCUGGAGUCACACCUGUUGCCACCUCAGCUGCUCCUCCCACCAUCACCUGGCCCGCUGAUGGAGUCAGCCCCACCUUAGGCCUAGUGUGUCCUGUUCCGGAGGCAGCAGAGUUCACCACUAUUGCUGCCUCUACUUCUCCAAUUUAUUUAGGCCUAUCCAGCGAGGACGUCAGCUGCCUCGUGUGCUGCGAGCUCUUCAGCGCCUCGAUGCCUGGGGAAGAGUGGGUCCAGUGUGUCUUUUGUUACAAGUGGUCGCAUGAGGCUUGCACCGACGGGAGUGCACACAACCUGUGUCACCUGUGUGACAAAGAAUAA